CUUACCGGAAGCACAUCGUCUGCAUUGGCCGGUUUUUUGAAAAUCCAAAGCAUGAUAAUUAUUAGAGUCUUGUCGCUUGCAUAGAUUAAUUGAUUGGAAAGUUACAUCAAUAAAGACUCAAUUAUAACAGUGGAUUCAAAAACUAGCCAUGUUUAGACUGCAGUCCAGGGUGUCCAGUUUGUGUACAACAGCAAGAUGUCACUUGGCCGAGUCUAUACCAACCAAACAGAGACAUGGCUAUAAGCUUCCGGUUGGACUUAUCCGACAGUAUGCCUCUGAACAUCCAGCCACUAGACAAAAAAUUAAAAAGUUAAUGGUGGCCAAUAGAGGUGAAAUAGCCAUUAGGGUGUUCAGAGCAUGUACUGAAAUGGAUAUUAGGACAGUGGCUAUAUACUCAGAACAGGAUAGAAUGCACAUGCAUAGACAAAAGGCAGAUGAAGGUUAUUUAAUAGGCAAAGGUCUGCCACCUGUAGCUGCAUACCUUAAUAUACCCGAGAUCAUCCAAAUAGCACAGGAAAAUGAAGUAGAUGCUAUUCAUCCAGGAUAUGGAUUUUUAUCAGAGCGAUCAGAUUUUGCAGAUGCUUGUGUGGAUGCUGGUAUACAGCUGAUUGGUCCAUCACCUGAAGUCAUCAGAAAAAUGGGAGAUAAAGUGGAGGCCAGACAGGCAGCUAUUGAUGCUGGUGUACAAGUUGUACCCGGAACACCUGGCCCAGUAGAAAAUGCUGAAGAAGCUUAUCUGUUUUGUGAACAGUAUGGUCUACCUGUUAUAUUCAAAGCAGCAUUUGGUGGUGGUGGUAGAGGUAUGAGGGUUGUUAGGAAAUUAGAGGAAGUUGAAGAAAAUUUUCAUCGAGCCUACUCUGAAGCAGAAUCAGCCUUUGGUAAUGGAGCUUUGUUUCUAGAGAAAUUCAUAGAGAGACCUAGACAUAUAGAAGUACAGAUCAUAGGUGAUUCCCAUGGCAACAUUGUUCAUCUGUAUGAAAGAGAUUGUUCUGUACAGAGACGACAUCAAAAGGUUGUAGAGAUAGCACCAGCCCCACAACUCCCCAGAGAGAUACGAGAUAGUAUGACGGCUGAUGCUGUAAAACUGGCCCACUUUGUAGGAUAUGAGAAUGCUGGUACUGUGGAGUUCCUACUCGAUACAAAUGGACAGUACUUCUUUAUUGAAGUUAAUGCUCGUCUACAGGUAGAACAUACAGUUACAGAAGAAGUCACAGGAGUUGAUUUGGUACAAUCCCAGAUUAAAGUGGCUGAAGGAAGAAGUCUGAAAGAAAUUGGAUUAGAACAAGACAAGAUAGCAUUACAUGGAUGUGCUAUACAGUGUAGGAUGACAACAGAAGAUCCAGCCAGACAAUUCCAACCUGAUACUGGCAGAAUAGAGGUUUUCAGAAGUGGAGAAGGUAUGGGUAUUAGACUGGACAGUGCUUUAGGUUUUGCUGGUGCCAUAAUAUCUCCAUACUAUGAUUCUCUGCUGGUCAAAGUUAUAGCUCAUGCCUGGGAUCAUCCUUCAGCCUGUGCUAAAAUGUUAAGAACUCUCAAAGAAUUCAGAAUUAGAGGUGUGAAGACUAAUAUUCCAUUCCUGUUGAAUGUAUUAGAACAUAAACAGUUCCUGUCGGGUGUUGUGGAUACCUAUUUUAUUGAUGAGAAUCCACAGCUGUUCCACCUGAAUCCAUCUCAGAACAGAGCACAGAAAUUAUUGAAUUAUUUAGGACAAUGCAUGGUCAAUGGUCCAAUGACACCAUUUGCUACUGAUAUUCCACCAUCUGAGAUACAACCAACAGUACCUGAACUGCCAAUUGAUGUUGAAACAGGGGUACAGGCUAAAGCGCCUCCCCCAGGUUGGAGAGAUAUUCUAAAACAAGAUGGUCCUACAGCAUUUGCCAAGAAGGUACGAGAACAUAAUGGACUAUUAUUGAUGGACACAACCUUCCGUGAUGCUCACCAGUCUCUCUUAGCUACACGUGUCAGAACAUAUGAUUUGAAGAAAAUUGCUCCAUAUGCAUCACACAAGUUCCAUAAUUUGUACAGUAUGGAAAACUGGGGAGGUGCAACCUAUGAUGUUGCCAUGAGAUUUUUACAUGAAUGUCCAUGGGAAAGGUUACAGGAGCUAAGGAAGAGAGUCCCAAACGUACCAUUCCAGAUGUUACUGAGAGGAGCCAAUGCUGUAGGAUAUACUAACUAUCCAGAUAAUGUUGUAUACAAAUUCUGUGAUUUGGCUGUGAAGAAUGGUAUGGACAUCUUCAGGGUAUUUGAUUCACUGAAUUAUUUACCCAAUAUCAUUGUUGGAAUGGAGGCUGUUGGCAAGGCUGGUGGUGUUAUCGAAGCAGCCAUAUCUUAUACUGGUGACGUUUCUAAUCCUAGUCUGGAAAAGUACAACCUCAAAUACUAUACAGAUCUAGCUGAUGAGCUUGUCAAAGCUGGUACACAUGUUCUUUGUAUCAAGGAUAUGGCAGGUGUAUUAAAACCAAGAGCUGCUAAAUUAUUGAUCACUGCUCUGAGGGAUCGACAUCCAGACAUCCCUAUACAUGUGCACACUCACGACACAGCAGGAGCAGGUGUAGCCUCUAUGUUAGCCUGUGCUGAGGCUGGGGCAGAUAUUGUAGAUGUGGCUGUAGAUUCCAUGUCUGGUCUGACAUCACAGCCAAGUAUGGGAGCUGUAGUAUCCAGUGUGGCUAACACAGAGCUAGAUACAGGGAUAGACCUACACGAUGUAACAGAAUACUCAUCAUACUGGGAACAAACCAGAAACUUGUAUGGUCCAUUUGAAUGUUGUAAAACUUUAAAGAGUGGUAACUCAGAUGUCUAUGACAAUCAAAUUCCAGGAGGACAGUAUACUAACCUACAGUUCCAAGCCUUCAGUCUUGGUUUAGCUGAACAGUUUGAGGAAGUGAAAAAGAGAUACUGUGAAGCCAACCUCCUGUUAGGAGAUAUUCCUAAGGUAACUCCAUCAUCAAAAGUUGUAGGUGACAUGGCUCAGUUCAUGGUACAGAACAAACUGAACACCGCACAAGUAGAAGACAGAGCAGAAGAUUUGUCACUUCCUGUUUCUGUUAUAGAAUAUUUCCAAGGUUUCUUAGGGGAACCACCAGGAGGUUAUCCUGAACCUCUUAGGUCAAAGAUAUUAGGAGAUAAACCAAGAGUAAAUGGAAGACCAGGAGCAUCUCUACAACCUGUUGACUUUGAUAAAAUCAAGGAAGAAUUAAUAGAGAAACAUGGGAAGAAAAUCAGGGAUGUUGAUGUCUUAAGUUCUGCAUUGUAUCCCAGUGUGACUGAUGAUUUCCUACAGUUCAGAGAGACGUAUGGACCGGUUGAUACUCUAGACACCACUUUGUUUUUGGCUGGUCCAAAAAUGGCACAGGAAGUGCAGGUCGAUAUAGAAAAGGGUAAAACGCUAUCAAUCAAAGCAUUAGCUGUUGGAGAUUUAAACAAAAAUGGUCAGAGAGAAGUUUUCUUUGAAUUAAAUGGACAGCUAAGAUCAGUCAUGAUUAAAGAUGAAGUGGCUUCUAAGGAACUUCACUUCCACCCGAAGGCCCUGAAAGGUGUAAAAGGAUCAGUUGGAUCACCCAUGCCAGGAACAGUUAUAGAUAUCAAAGUUAAGGACGGAGAAAAGGUGGAAAAGGGAGCUCCUUUGUUAGUUAUAAGUGCAAUGAAGAUGGAGAUGGUUGUCAAUGCUCCUUGUUCAGGAAUUGUUCAGAAAAUCUCGGUCGAAAAAAAUAUGAAAAUAGAAGGAGAAGAUUUGUUGUUAGAUAUUGAAGCUCUUCCUGAAUGAAGAUUUUUUAGUGUUUGUUUAAAUGCUGAUAGUAUUGUCUUAUGAAGACUGACUGUGGGUUUUAUCAUAGAGGACAUCGAGUCCAUGUUAGUGCUGCUAAAAAGUGCUGGGUAGUAUAAAUAAUUGUUUUUUGUUGUUGGGUGGAAUUUUUUCAAAAUCUAGAUCUGUAUUCAGAUAUGUGUUAAUUUGUUUAAAUGCUGGAUCAUUCAUUAAUUGUUCUUUUAUUUUAUUUCCAACAUUUUCAUGACAUUUUUUAAAAACUUUUGAUAUAAAUCUUUAGAAUUCCAUUGCAUAUGAUAAUUUAGAGGAGAGUGAAUAAUGACAAUGUCUGUUACUAUAUACUGUAGAAACUCUAGGUUUGUGUGGUUUAAAAUUUGGUUGUUUUGUCUUUAUAUAAGAUUUCAUGGGGAUUUAAUUUUGUGGGUUCCAAUAAAUGGAAGUGAUAUUAUAUGAAGGUUUAAUUUUCCUGAUGGUUUUAAAUUUCGUGGAUAGACUCUUUCCAUGUCAGAAAUAAACGAAAUUAGAUCCUCCAAGAAAAUUUCUGCUUUUGCUGUAGUACAAUGCUUUAAGCUGAAUGACUAUCCAUUUUUGGAACUUGAUAGUGCUGGUUAUAUUUAGAAUAGUUUAUAUAAAAUUUUUAAAAAAUCACAACUAAAACAUUUUGUUAUAUCAUUUUUUACACCUGUGCAAUAUUUAUGCCAGACCAACCUUUUGAAGUAAAGAGCUAAACUUUUUAUUUUAUUUUAAACAUCAUGUUAACUGCAAUAUAAAAUUAUGUUAAAAAAAUGGUUGAUAGUGUGACACAAUAAAUUUGCAGAUAGCUAUGCAUAACUCAUUGUCAUCUUUAGUUUUGAAUUAAAAUUACCUAAUUUACUUUAAAAAUGAAAUGAGAGGUAUUGUAAGUGAUGGCCACUGCCAUUCUACAUAGAUUAUUAACAUAUCAUUGAAUAUUAUAAAUUUGAAAUAUUCAGUAGAUGUUGCUCUAUUACAUUCCCAUUAUAAAAUAAUGAUGAGAUAUAAAUAUUAGAUACAUGGAUGUCUAAAUUAAACUUUGAUUGCUUCUUAAAUAAUGUUGCUAAUAUGUGUAUCAUAUGAUAUUAAUAUGUGUGCUUGUUAAUUUUAUUUUCAGGUAUUUUACUUCAUGCACAAAUUUUUUUUUCUAAAUAUUAGUCAGAGCACAUUUACUUUAGAAGUUGGGUUAGCAGUUUGAUCAAAGUAUUCAAUAUUAUGUUGUAGGCUAUCAAAGAUAGAAAUUAUUGCAAAGAUGUUGUUCAGAUUCAAAGAAUUUGCAAUAGCAUGGUAGAUUUUCAUUAGCUGCAAUUUCAAAUUGAUGUUGAUUAAAAUUUUAAUUAGAGUCAAGAUGAGGACUAUGCCAAAAUCUUCCUAUGUAAAUUAAGCUUUAAAAUAACAGCUGUUUUAGUUGGCCUAUUGGUGCAUAACUUUUUUAUAUUUAUCAGAUGAAUGUUAGAAUGAUGGUGAUCAAUUAUAUCUUUAAAAUCUUUAUAAGCUAUCUUCUCCUAUUGUGAGUCAUUUACUUUUACUGAUGUUGAACUUCAUAUUGAUUAUUUAUAUACAUAUAUUGUAUUGCAUUUGAAAGAUCUCCCUCAAUGCAUUGAUAACUUUAUUUCUUAUUAAAGUUUGAUUUUUAUUUUGCAUAUACAUGCACACAAAUUAUUAUUCUUGCCUUAGUUUAAUAUACUAGGUUCUUAUUUAACUUGUAGUUCGUUAUUAUAUUGAAAGAAGUCUUUUGAGGGUGUUGCUGCAAAUUCAGUAUUUAAGGGUUAAGGAGAAAAUUGUAUUAAAAAAGUACAAUCAUAUUUCCUGUGUCUAUGUGAGGGUGUGGGGUAUUUUGACCAUGUCUAAUUUCGGUUCCAUGGCCAAGGGAAGAAGGACCUAAACAUUGUGAGGAUGUACUAUAAAAAUCAUAUUGAAAAUAGGUACAUAAAAUGAAAACAAAAUGGCCUAUCAAAUUGAAAUUAAUUUGAAAAAAAAAUUCCAACCAAUAUACAAAUCAAAUAAAUAAUUGUUUUGGUUAAAUGUAAAAUAUAAAUGUUAUAGAAUGGUGAAAACUAAUGUGGACAAUCUGAAAACAAAAACGGGUCUUUUACAAUCUGACUAAGAUACAUAUCAUGUGUUUAUGCUUUAUAAAGAUUGAUAAAACUCCAUUCUAAUUUCUGUUCUGGUUAGUACAUGUAUUACCUCAGCUAAUGAAAUGUCUACCUUCAAAUAUGUAAAAGUUGGUAUGAAAAGGACAAAUCUAGAGGAUCCUAAAACAGAAAGUAGAAAACAGAUCCUUGUAAACAGAACAUGGACACAGGAUUUGUUUUUUAUCAGAUUGGGUCUUUAUCAAAGGAAAAAUUAAGUGUCAGUCAGAUGCUUACUUAAAGAUGGAAUUUUAGAGUUAUUUUAAUAUCUGCCUUCCAGCUGCUUGAUACACUCACGCUUGUAAAGUGCUGGUCUAUUACAGCUUUUUUUUAUAAACAUUUAAGGAUUUGUUAUUUAACACAUAACUAUAUGAAUUCACUUUUUGAAUGAGAAUAUAGAACAGUAUUAUCAAUAACAUGAAAUGUAGUAUGCUGCAAAUACACCUUUUAAGUAAGAUUAUAAAAUGACAGCAAUCUUUUUGUGAGAACCUUUAUAAUCAAUUAAGAUUUGAAAUGUCAUUUAAUAUUGUUAUGCAAGUGAUUUUUUAUUGAAUUAGAAUUAAAAAAAGGGUACCUUGCACUUACAUAGAUGAAAUUUUAGGUUUGAGUCCUUCAACUGUUGUCACUUUAAUAUAAUUAGGUUUUUCCAGUUUAUAGAAUCGUUCAGAAUUGCAUAAUAUCAACAUAGUGAUAAAAACCUGAUUCACAGAUCUGCAUAAUUACUGGGCAUUUAUUGUGGCUUUUUGUGUUCAACAUUAUACAGUUAUAUGUUAAUUUUAUCAUAUCUGUUAUUCUUAUAUAUUCAUCAUAUAGAAAUAGUUUCAUUAAUAAAUUCAGUGGUAUUGUA